CGUUCUGUGAGAACCGAGAUACAUUCUACAAAUUCUAGUACAGUACAGUACAGCACAGAACUGAGAUACAUUCUACAAAUUCUAAAGAAAUUUUCUUUCCUGCUUUUAGCUUUGGGGAUUGGAGGCGUUCAUCAUGUGGAUUUUGUCAGGCCUAAUGUCGUUGGUUUGUUUAAAGCUUGUUGCGGGACAAGAAGGACCAAUUGUGGAAACAGCUGACGGUGCAGUCCUCGGUAGGACGCGGAUAUCUCAGAUGGGAAACGAAUACUCUUCGUUUGAAAGAAUUCCUUUUGCUUCUCCUCCAAUUGGAACUCUUCGGUUUGGUUCUCCUCAACCAAAUAAACCAUGGGAAGGUAUUCUUGAUGGUUCUGUGAGUAGUACAACUAAGUGUAUACAGUAUGGAUAUAUUUCGGAUGGAGAGGGCAAUAAAGUUUCAGGAUCAGAGGAUUGCCUUUAUUUGAACGUUUACGCUCCAAAACAGAUAAGCAAAGAGCCUAAAGCAGUGAUGAUGUGGAUCUAUGGAGGCUCGUUAACUGCAGGGAGUAAUCAGUUUAAUGAAUAUGGAUCAAUCAGAUGGAUGGAUCAAGAUGUUAUUCUUGUUGUGCCGAACUAUCGGCUAGGACCGUUUGGAUUUACCUCUCUAGGGAUUGAUGAUGCUCCGGGGAACCAGGGGUUCCUUGAUCUAGUUCAAGCACUCCGCUGGAUCAAUACAAAUAUAGAGUUUUUCGGUGGUGACCCUGGCAGAGUUACAAUCUUCGGAGAGUCUUCAGGCAGCUGGGCUGUUUCAUAUUUGGCUAUAAGUCCUCUGGCAAAUGGCCUCUUUCAGAGAGGAAUUAUGCAAAGUGGCGGAUUGUUUAAUCCGUUUUGGACUUGGAGAACACAGGAGGAUGCAAUCCAACUGGGUGGAUUUCUGGCAGAAAACCUGGGCUGUUCUAAAGAUGGAAAUACUGAUCAGAUGCUAGAAUGUCUGCAGGAGGUAUCUGUAGAUGCACUGGAAGAUUCGAUAAACUGGGGAACUGAGGAAACCUAUGGAAUUCAGAAGAUACUAAGACCAACAGGAAUCAUUGAUGGAAAGUUUUUGCCUGCUAAUCCUGUAAACUUGAUGGAAAGAGGGGAAUAUAAUCAUGUUGAUCUAAUGGUCGGCGUAACAAAGGAUGAAGGGUUGCUUCAGAUGUACCAACUAGAACUGAAUCCUGAAUUGUAUGUUGUUGCCAGUAUUUUCUGGAAUUCAAUAUUCGGCCCGAUGUUCCUUUUUGGAAGGUUUGGUAACUAUGAUAUUACUGAGGAGGAUAAGGAGAUGACCAAUUUAAUUACAAAAUAUUAUCUGGGUGAACCUGGAGCUGCAAAUAUUAAUCAACAACACUUUCAAAAUAUGACAGAUAUGAUUUCUGAUGCUUAUAUCUGGUACGGAUCACAUAAGCAGGCUGAAUGGGCUGCAGCCCAUGGCGAUAAUGUUUACAAAUAUAUGUUUACAUUUAAAGGCACAUAUGGGUUUGCUGACGCAUUUGGACUUGAUAACUCAAAGUACGGAGUGUGUCAUGCAGAUGAAUUGUAUUAUUUCUGGAAACCAUACUGGAAAAAAGCUGCAAUUCAGAUGACUCCUGCAGAGGAGCUGGUGGCGGAAAGAAUGUUGAACUCUUGGGCAAACUUUGCCAAAUAUGGAGAUCCAUCAAUCCCAGGGAGUGAUAUAAACUGGAGUCCUUUAACUGCUGAGAACCAGGAGUACAUGAAUAUUGGAGAGGAGUGGAAAAUGGAGAUAUCUGAGGACUAUGUCAACAGAAUGAGAGCUUGGGACGAAAUCUAUAAGUAUCCAACCGGAAAUACGCUUCCAACCAUUCCACUUGGAGAACAAACUGGAGAUAGAAUUCUGAACUGAAACUCUGCUCAGAAAAAUUCUCUACUCUAUUUCAUGUUGUUUAUGAGGAAUAGUUUAACUAUUUAGUUUGAACAAGA